AUGUCCUCCCCGCUUUCAAGAGUCGUCGACGCGCACGCCGCCGGCAACGAGUUGUGCCACGUCUCCAUCGCAAUCGAGCCCAACGGCGAUCGGUUCCUGACCAGCGCCAAAGACGUCUGGCUCCACAUUUGGCGGCCGAGCGUUUUUCGCGGCAACUCCGAGGUGGAAUGCCACGAGAUGGGCAUUGCUGGGCAAGCGUCCCUCUGCUGGAAGGACGACGCGCUCUACAUCGGCCUGUGGUGCUGCGAUCCCAACACGGGCAUCGACAAGCGAUGUGUUGUAAGAAUCGCCGAGAGCAAGUCCGGCUGGGACGGCGAGCAGCGAAGCCUCUUCUCAUUCCCCAUGGAAAUCAACGCCAUUGACGUCUCGAAGACGUACAUCGCGGCGAUUGGCAGCGAUUGCACAAUGAAGAAGGCGCCGCUCGAUCAGACAGCAUCCUACGAGAAGAUCGAGUUCGGCAACCAGCCCCUUUCGCUCGCCAUCGACCCGACGGAGAAGUACAUCGCCAUAUCGUUCACCGAUGGCAGCGUCGAGAUCUACCCGACGUCGGGCACCGAACGUCUGGCCGUGUUUGAAAAGCUGUUCAAGGCUUUUACCUCAAUUCACCCUCUCAAAAACCGGGCGCAGCUGAAAUGGUCACCGGAUGGCAAGCACCUCUACAUGCCGGCCUGGGACGGCAUCCGAGUCGCCGAUGUCUCCAACUGGGAAUGCCAGCGAACCCGCUUCAACAAGAGCAAAGAUUUUGAGGAGGAAUUCUCGGCGCUCGCCCUCCGCGAAGAUGGGGCCUAUUUGGCGGCCGGGACGCUGUUUGGGACGAUUUGCGUCUGGCACACGUCUUCAGGAAAGCUCAUCUCCACGCAAGACUACCGAAACAACAACAAGAUGACGGCCGUCUGCGCGCUCGCCUUUUUGCACAACGGCAAGGAUCUCUGCAUCGCCGAUAUUAAGCAAGGCGUCUCCCUAUGGUACGGCGCCGUCGACAAAGAUGCUCAAGUCAAGAACAAGCCCUCCAAACCUUUGAUCAUUGACGAGGCAAUGGAGGAUGACGAUUUUUCUAACGAUGGCGUCAUCCAGAAGAGACGCGUUGUUCAAGAUUCCGACGACGACGCCGCCGAGCCGCAGGGCAGCGAGUCGAAUUUCGGCGAAAAUGACGAGAACUCAAGAAUGUCCGUGGACAUUGGGGCGAUCAAGCGCCGCUACACCCAGCACGACAACCUCGAGGAGGAGAUCGACUUCCGGGACGACGACGACGCCUUCAAGCCCGUAGCCUACCACGAUUCGGCCAUCUCCUCCGAGAUCGUCGUCUCCAACGAGGACACGCGGUACACGAUGGCCGAUCUCUCGCCGGAAGCCAUCGUGCUGGCUUGCAAGGCGCGCAAAGAGGCUCAAAGUGAAAUCUACGUACAUCGCGUCGGCACAUGGGACCGGGAGAAGAUCACGUGGACCGUGCGAUUGCCGUUCGGCGAGGAAGCUAUUGACGUCCUGGCCACGUCGCAGCUCAUCUUCGUCCUCACCACCCAGCACAACAUUCGCGCCUUCUCGCUGGACGGCACGCAGCGCCAGAUUUGGUCUCAUCCAGGCUCAAUGGCGUCGGCGUGCGCCUACGGAAACUCGUUGGCCAUUGCCUCUUUCACCGGCGGCCCCCAGUGGUACCUCUACUGCCGCGGUUCACGCGUCCCGCUCGUCGAUCUGCGCCUGAUCCCCGACACUGCCGCCUGGGAGAUGCCGCUGUGCGACGUGGAGACGGACAAGGGCCGUCUCGAAUCCCAGCUGCUGCUCGCCGAACAGAAGAUGGUGCUCAUGCGCGCAGCUGAAGUUGAUACUACGUCGGCCUCAAACGAGCACACCCGCGCCCUGAUGCAGUUGUUCGCGCUGGCGCUGAAGAUGAACCGCGAGGCCCGCGCCGUCGAGAUGGCCCGCUUUGCUGCCAGCUCGCGGACCGUUCAGGCGAUGGUCAAGUACGCGGCCCGGAAGAACCGCGACUUUAUGGUCAACAAGUUGAAUGAACUGGGCAACGAGCUGGAGGAGGAAAUGGAGCACGCGGCGCCGGCUGCCGAGCAGCCCCAACAAUCGACGCGCCGUUCCGACGCCCACGGCCGGAAGGAGGUGCCCUCCAUGGUGCCGAAGAAGGUGGUGCCCAAGAAGCGCGAAUCGACGAUGAUAUCCGCGGAAGCAGAGGCGGUGCUGGCGCGCGGACGGCUUGACGUGAGCACUAAUGAGGAAUCGCAAAGCCAGGCGCUCGUCGAGGGACCGAAGUUCGGGCUCGACAUUAGCGGCCGCGCCAAUCCUUUCCAAAAGUCGAACGAGCUGGAAGAGGAGAAGGAGCACGUGCCGGCGGCGGGGGCGUCGAUGACGAUGACACCAAUGAAGGAUUUAGUACUCUACCACGAUUCGUCCGUCUCCAACGAGGACACGCGGUACACGAUGGCCGAUCUCUCGCCGGAAGCCAUCGUGCUGGCUUGCAAGGCGCGCAAAGAGGCUCAAAGUGAAAUCUACGUGCAUCGCGUCGGCACGUGGGAUCGGGAGAAGAUCACGUGGACCGUGCGAUUGCCGUUCGGCGAGGAAGCUAUUGACGUCCUGGCCACUUCGCAGCUCAUCUUCGUCGUCACCUCCCAGCACAACAUUCGCACCUUCUCGCUGGACGGCACGCAGCGCCAGAUUUGGUCUCAUCCAGCGAUGACCGCCCCGCUGUCAAGAAUCUUCGACUCUCACGGCGCCGGCAUCGGCGAAGCACACAUCGACAUAGCAGUGGAGCCUAGCGGAGACCGGUUCCUCACCAGCGCGAAGGACGGCUCAAUCUGGAUCUGGAAGCCCAGCGUGUUCAGCGGCGACGCCCAAGUGACGCAGCAAGAAAUCGGUGAAGCCGGGCACGCCUGCCUCUGCUGGAAGGACGACGCGCUCUACAUCGGGCUGACGGUCUGCGAUCAGAACACAGGAAUCGACAAGCGAUGUGUUGUAAGAAUCGCCGAGAGCAAGUCCGGCUGGGACGGCGAGCAGCGAAGCCUCUUCUCAUUCCCCAUGGAAAUCAACGCCAUUGACGUCUCGAAGACGUACAUCGCGGCGAUUGGAAGCGAUUGCACAAUGAAGAAGGCGCCGCUCGAUCAGGCAGCAUCCUACGAGAAGAUCGAGUUCGGCAACCAGCCCCUUUCGCUCGCCAUCGACCCGAUGGAGAAGUACAUCGCCAUAUCGUUCACCGAUGGCAGCGUCGAAGUCUACCCGACGUCGGGCACCGAACGUCUGGCCGUGUUUGAAAAGCUCUUCAAGUCGUUUGGCGAUAUUGACCCUCACAAAAACCGGGCGCAGCUGAAAUGGUCACCGGAUGGCAAGCACCUCUACAUGCCGGCCUGGGACGGCAUCCGAGUCGCCGAUGUCUCCAACUGGGAAUGCCAGCGAACCCGCUUCAACAAGAGCAAAGAUUUUGAGGAGGAAUUCUCGGCGCUCGCCCUCAGCGAAGAUGGGGCCUAUUUGGCGGCCGGGACGCUGUUUGGGACGAUUUGCGUCUGGCACACGUCUUCCGGAAAACUCAUCUCGACGCACGACUACCGAAACAACAACAAGAUGACGGCCGUCUGCGCGCUCGCCUUUUUGCACAACGGCAAGGAUCUCUGCAUCGCCGAUAUCAAGCAAGGCGUCUCGCUUUGGUACGGCGCAGUCGACAAAGAUGCUCAAGUCAAGAACAAGCCCUCCAAACAUUUGAUCAUCGACGAGGCAAUGGAAGAUGACGAUUUUUCUAAUGAUGGCGUGAUCCAGAAGAGACGCGUUGUUCAAGAUUCCGACGACGACGCCGCCGAGCCGCAGGGCAGCGAGUCGAAUGUCGGCGAAAAUGACGAGAACUCAAGAAUGUCGGUGGACAUUGGGGCGAUCAAGCGCCGCUACACCCAGCACGACAACCUCGAGGAGGAGAUCGACUUCCGGGACGACGACGACGCCUUCAAGCCCGUAGCCUACCACGAUUCGGCCAUCUCCUCCGAGAUCGUCGUCUCCAACGAGGACACGCGGUACACGAUGGCCGACCUCUCGCCGGAAGCGAUCGUGCUGGCUUGCAAGGCGCGCAAAGAGGCUCAAAGUGAAAUCUACGUGCAUCGCGUCGGCACAUGGGACCGGGAAAAGAUCACGUGGACGGUGCGGUUGCCGUUCGGCGAGGAAGCUAUUGACGUCCUGGCCACGUCGCAGCUCAUCUUCGUCCUCACCUCCCAGCACAACAUUCGCGCCUUCUCGCUGGACGGCGCGCAGCGCCAGAUUUGGUCUCAUCCAGGUUGCCUCCGCCUGCUAACCCCCGCCGAUCAAUGGGUGCCAAUCUUCACGGCUGGCGCGCGUCUACUCUCGCGCUUCGACGUCAUCUGGCCGUUCAGCGUGCUCGAGGACGGGCGUCACGAGAUACGGUACCUCUACUGCCGCGGUUCUCGUGUCCCGCUCGUCGAUCUGCGCCUGAUCCCCGACACUGCCGCCUGGGAGAUGCCGCUGUGCGACGUGGAGACGGACAAGGGCCGGCUCGAAUCCCAGCUGCUGCUCGCCGAACAGAAGAUGGUGCUCAUGCGCGCAGCUGAAGUCGAUACUACGUCGGCCUCAAACGAGCACACCCGCGCCCUGAUGCAGUUGUUCGCGCUGGCGCUGAAGAUGAACCGCGAGGCCCGCGCCGUCGAGAUGGCCCGCUUUGCUGCCAGCUCGCGCACCGUUCAGGCGAUGGUCAAGUACGCGGCCCGGCAGAACCGCAGCUUUAUGGUCAACAAGUUGAAUGAACUGGGCAACGAGCUGGAGGAGGAGAUGGAGCACGCGGCGGCGGCGGCCGAGCAGCCCCAACAAUCGACGCGCCGUUCCGACGCCCACAGCCGGAAGGAAGUGCCCGCGAUGGUGCCGAAGAAGGUGGUGCUCAAGAAGCGCGAAUCGACGAUGAUAUCUGCGGAAGCGGAGGCGGUGCUGGCGCGCGGACGGCUUGACGUGAGCACGAAUGAGGAAUCGCAAAGCCAGGCGCUUGUCGAGGGACCGAAGUUUGGGCUCGACAUUAGCGGCCGCGCCAAUCCUUUCCAAAAGAAUGCUGACAUCAAAUCGUUGGACAAUUCCUCGGUCUUCGAGCAGCUCGACUCCCCGGUCGACCGCAAGCGCGUCAGGGAUACGCAGGCUUCUACCGCAACGCCGAAGGCCAAGCAGCCGCGGCUCUCGUCCGUCUUUUCGGUGGCCAGCAAGGAGAAUCGCGAAGAUAAGCGUGGCGCCUUCGGACUGUGGCUGACGGAAAACGAGGAGACGUGCCGCGAAGAGUUUACCGGCGACGAGGUCCGCUUCCCCGAGUACUGCCAGCAGAAGUUCCGGAUGUUGCCGGCUGCCCAGAAAAAGGAAUGGAAAGCCAAGGCCGAGGCGAGC